AUGGAGGACGAGCAGAAGAGCGCUGCUGAGCGGCUAGUAAGUCUUGCAGAUACGCUAACCAUUUCGCUUAAUACAUUUGUAACGAAGAAUUUGGACGCCAUCUCCAACAUGGGGUCUACCUUUAUAUCGUUUGUUGACGAGACUCUACAUCUAUUAAAGAAGUCCAAAGAUGACUACGAAGAGCGGCUAAAACAGGAGCUCGAAGUGGAGAAGCUUUCCACUUCUGCGUCGGAAGAGGAACAGAAGCUGAAUGCACAACUUGCACGCGCUCGAACCCAACUCGACACCCUUAAACAACAAUACUCUAUAAUGCAGGAGGAGUACAGAAAGGCACUUGCAGACUUUGAGGAAGAGAGGCGAGUAGCAUUUGAGGCACUUCCGGCCACACAGAAAGCCCAUGUUAAAGAGGAUCUGGAGUGGCGUCUACGAAACUAUGAAAGCAUGCUUAGAAUGAAGAUAGAGCAGCGGGACGAGAACAGCAUUAUUGUUAUCUUUUGGGGCCUUAAUCCAGCCGACGAGUCUCAGCAGUAUUCCUUUCGGCUCAUAACAAGGGAGGACGGAGAGAUUAUAAUAGAGGAUCCUACAAUAGAAAUAGCUAACCUGGACCUCUUCCUAUCAGAUGCAAAGAUCACUGGUAAUAUCCCCCUAUUAAUCAGACGGAUCCGGCUUUCAUUUUUGCAGCUUGCUGAAUGUGAAGAUUCAGAAUCUGUGACCCAGGAUUGA